UCAUGUGACUCAGUCUGACUGUGCACACAGUUUGUCAGCAGUCCACCUGGUUGGAGCCUCACACUGUGAUUGUAGCUGUGUUUGGAGGCAGAAACUCGGCCCAGCUCCACAGAACCGACAGUAAAGAUGAGGCUGCUGCUGGAAACUGUGUCUCUCGUGUUACUGUGGGCCUGUCUGGACUCUGCGCACUCCCGGAGCUGCUCCACGUUCUUCUGCCGGAAAUCUCACUCCGUCAGCGGCCCAGAUGGAGUGGACCCGGGCUCCCCUCUGUUCCUCACCCCCUAUCUGGAGAAGGGCGCCAUAGAUGAAGCCAGGAAGCUGAGUCUGGUGGGAAAACUGCCCGGAGCUAAUGUCAAGAGUUACGCCGGAUACCUCACAGUCAACAAAAAAUACAACAGCAACCUCUUCUUCUGGUUCUUCCCUGCGCUCAUGGCUAACCGAGCGAACGCUCCGGUCCUGCUGUGGCUGCAGGGCGGCCCCGGAGGCACCUCCAUGUUCGGCCUGUUUGUGGAACACGGGCCUUACGUGGUGUACAAGAACCUGACGGUCGGUAUGAGGGACUACGCCUGGACAAACAGAUAUUCAGUUUUGUACAUCGACAACCCGGUUGGAACAGGUUUCAGCUUCACCGAUGAUGACAGAGGUUUCGCUCAGAACCAGGAUGACGUUGGCAGAGACUUGUACAGCGCUUUAACGCAGUUCUUCCAGAUCUUUCCUGAAUAUCAGUCCAGUGACUUCUAUGCAACUGGAGAGUCAUAUGCAGGGAAGUACGUUCCCGCCAUUUCUUACUACAUCCAUAAGAACAACCCCACUGCUAAGGUGAAAAUCAACUUUAAGGGGAUGGCUAUCGGUGAUGGACUCUGUGAUCCAGAACUGAUGCUCGGUGGCUACGGAGAGUUCCUGUAUCAAAUAGGACUCAUAGAUGAACUCCAGAAGCAGUAUGUUGACAAGCAGACGGGUUUGGGCGUUCAGCUCAUCCAGCAGCAGAAGUGGGUGGAGGCCUUUCAGGUUUUCGAUAGUUUGCUGAACGGCGACUUGGCGCCAUAUCCCUCCUUCUUCCAGAAUGCCACAGGCUGCACCAACUACUACAACUUCAUGACAUGUCGGGAGCCUGAGGACCAGGAGUACUUCGCUCCGUUUGUGACCCUGUCAGCGGUGCGACAGGCCAUCCACGUGGGCAACCUCACGUUCCACGACGGCUCGGAGGUGGAGAAGCACCUCAUGCAGGACGUCAUGAAGAGCAUCAAACCGUGGCUGGGGGUGCUGAUGGACAACUACAGGGUGUUAAUCUACAGCGGCCAGCUGGAUAUAAUUGUAGCUGCUCCUCUGACCGAGAGGUUCCUUCCCACUGUGAACUGGACCGGUGCCGCCGAGUACAAAACAGCCCCUCGGUUCCACUGGAAGGUUCAGCCCGAGGACACGGAGGUGGCGGGUUAUGUCAGACAAGUCGGGGAGUUUUACCAGGUGAUUAUUCGAGGAGGAGGACACAUUCUGCCUUACGACCAACCAGCCAGGUCCUUCGACAUGAUCGACAGGUUCUUGUCUACGCAGGGUUGGGUAUGAGAGGUACCGGCGCUGAAACACAGCCCGUCAAAGCACCUUCACUUUAAAGAACACACUGAUCAUGGACUGUUGAUUUUAAAGUCUGCUGACUGUCGGAAGCAAUGUAAAUCAGCAUGUGUUUAAAUCCAUCUUUGCAGCAGGUUUUUAUUUUAUUUUUUAUUUUUUUAAAUAUGAAGCAUUUGGAGUUUUUUUUUUUUGGUCUGCUCCCUGCUCUAUUCUUAGCCUGGAUCCAGACCCAUGAGUUGCUGCAAGAGUUUUAUAUUUGUUUUAGCGAAUAAAAUCAUAGAAGUGCCAACAAAUUCUCUGUUCAGUCCAAUUCUCAGGGCAAAGUUACGGUCAGUGAUUCUAAUUCAGAACGCUUUUUGGCAAAUUUGGCCAAAAUCUCCACACAGUCCAUUGGUUUUCUUUACGUGUGCUUGUACAUAGCCUUGGAUCUGUAAGUGGAAAAAAUGGCUCACAAACCACUAUUCCAGCGUGUACUGUGCACGUUUGUGCUUGUGCAUAGGGAAGGACGGGAGAUGCUUGAAGAGGAGGCAGUGGGAGCAGUAAAUCCGGUCCAUGUUAACCCUGUAAAUAUGGGUCAGUCCAACUCAAAUGGUCCGAUUUUUAGAACAGUUUCUGCUCGACCAUCUUUUAUUUCCCUAAAAUAACAUAAAGUAUGGAUGCUAAUAAAGACAUUUGUGGAGAUUUUAUUUUUUUAAAAUUGCCUGUCAACCCCUUUUUGGCCCUUUUUUUCCCCAGAGUUCAGUUUCUGAAAUAAUAGCAUGAUAAGAAAAUAACUGGAUGUUAAACAUAGCCUUAUAUUUCAUUGUGUGAAAAAGUGUCAGGCAACUUAAAAAAAAAAUAAAAAUCUCAGAGAAAACUUGGCAUAAAUUUAACAGAUGCCAUCUUAAAUAUUCAUAGAUUAUGAUAAAGUUUCAAGCAAGUCAGAGAUGGUUGAGCAGAAGGCUGCUGGUUAUUGGAGAUGGAAUAAACUCCAGGCUUCACCUUUUUAUUAUUUUUUUUUCAAGUUCUCUAAGAUUUGGGGAUUCAUUUCAUGUUUGUUUUUCUUGGGAUUGGUGUGAAGAAAUAUUGUAUUCUAUCUGUACAUGAUUGAAGGCGAAAUGCAAAAAAAACGGUGGUUUGAAAAAGUAUUUGACCCCCUUCUGAUUGUUUUUACUUGAUCUCAUACUAAAGUUUGUCAGAUCUUCAAACAUAAAUGAGUAAACCCCCCCCAAAAAUCUGAUAGUUUAGUAUGCAAUAGUCGAAUACUUUUUCACUGCACUGUAAAACCUUACAAGUGAAGAAAUGGCUUGAAAUAUAGACACAUAUCUACGUCAGAGUGUUUUCAUGUCAGACUGAAUUUUGCAGUCUGACAACCUUUUCUAGUAACGGUCUGUUUUAAAGAUGACAGCAGAUGUGAAAGUACUGUUUACUUAAUCAACAAGCUGUACAGCAGCGGUUACUGUGCCGCUCAAUGCUUCCCAAUUUAGUCAUUCAAUGAAUU